GACGGGCGAGAAGUCGAAGCAGGCCGCGACGGCCCUGCACUUGCGCUCGGGCCUGUCUGGUCCGGCCUACGAGGCCGUGCGCAAGCUCAAGCAUGACGAGCUGAUCGCCACUGACGAGUACGGCGAGUCCAAACCGGAUGGGCUCACUCUCUUUCUGACGACGCUGAAGAAGGAGGUUCAGGGCAUCGCGCCCGUCCGGAGCACCGAGAUCUUCGACAAGGCGCUGUAUGGCUCUUCGGUUUGGCGUGAUCGAAAUGAGUCUAUGGCUAAUUAUGUGACGAAGAGGCGAAAGGAGUUCGCCGAGUUGCAGGAGGUCAGCGCCAGCACGACGAUUUCGGAGGACAUCCAGGCCGCGCUGAUCCUCAGGUUCUGCGGUAUCAGUAUGAAGGAGCAGGCCGCGGUCCUCGCCUCCAACAAGAACGAGUACAAGCUCGCGGGCAUCGAGUACGCUCUGAGGGCGCAGUACCCAGCUGUACAUCGUCAUCAGGACCGACGCGCGGAUCGCCGAGAGCGGUCUGCCUACGCCUACGCCGCGUCGGACCAGGACGAGAACCCGCCGGAGUUCGACAACGUCUACUACGAGGACGAGGACGAGGACGGCUACUACCAGGGCGAGGAGGAGGAGUACGAGCACGGCGAGGACGACGAGUUCGACAUCGAGAACUACGUCGCGGAGAACCUCGACGAGCUCGGCCCCGAGGAGGCCGAGGCCCUCGCCCUCGUCUUGCAGAGUCGCAACAAGAUCUUCAACAAGAAGAGGCCGCCUAGGCGAGUGACUUCGAGCUUCCACGGUCGUGGCAAGACUGGUGGGAAGGGAGGCCGCCGUGGAGGCGGCAGGGGAUUGCCGAGCAGAUCGCCCGCGGGGCGAGGUGGCAGCAGCAGUUCGAGUAACGCUGCCCCCGGCUACGACGACCGGCAGCGCGACGCUCGCCGGCAGCACGUCGCCGACCUGAAGAAGAGGACCCAGUGCUCCGAUUGCCACCAGUUCGGGCACUGGCAGGGCGAUGAUGUUUGCCCUCGUCGGUCGGGCCGGAAGCCUACAUCGGCGUCUCCAGUCAAAAAGCCCGCUCAGAACUAUUUUACGCUCGAGGAGUACGGGGGCGACGACGACGGCAGCGCGCCGUCCGAGGUCUUCAUGAUUCUGAAGGGCGAGAUGGAGCACGCCUGCGAGCACGUGGCAGACGACGCCUGCGAGAAGGUCGUCCGCGGCGCCAACAAGACCACCAGGUACAUCACAUGCAAGGAGUGCGACCGCCACUUCACGCUCGCCCACCGCAACAAGGGGCGUGAGCUGUGGAGCUACUUCAUGACGGUCUUGAUGGGCACGAAGUGGGGCCGCUUCCUGUUUCACAAGGGGUUCGCGAAGCGGAUCGCCAUGGUGGUCGACGCCCUGAUGGUUCAGGGUCGCCUCCCAUCUACGUAUUCGAGGCAGGCGGCGGCGCCCGCGGCGCGACGCAUUGCCGGCAAGCAGCGGCUAUUCGGCCGGCAGGCUGCAGGAGGCGAUAAACCACGUGCAUCUACACCGGCGGCCGCUUCUGCGGCCAGUUCUACGAGGCCGAGUGCUACUGGAUCAGCAUCGGCCGCGCCACCUACGCCCGAGAAGCGCACCGUCAAGGUCGACCUGACCAAGGGCGACCCCGAGCCGAAGCCGGGACCGGAGCUGGCCUUCCUGUACGGCAUCCCGCUCCACCACAGCACCGAGCUGGUGGAGUUCCCGGAGCUCGAUGGCGUCGACCAGCUCAACCCGGUCCCGUACCCAGCGGAGGUCAUCAACUUCGGCGCGCACAAGGGGCGAACCUUCCAGGAUGCGGCGUCCGACCCGGCGCUCAUCUGGUAUAACAAGUGGGCUCUGGAUCAGGCCUUGGGCCCCGAGGCGGAGGGGAUCGACCCCCACUUGUACCGCUGCGCUUACUUCCUCUACGCCAUCGUGAAGAUCGCGCGUGGCAAGUUCAACGUUGCCCCGCAGCAGAUGAUCGACAGCGACAAGAGGAGGCUCACCACCGACAACGACUGGAUGGAGGUCAACGCCGGCGACUUCACCAUCCCGGUUCAGCCCAACAUCCAUCAGCCGGACGUCAUCUCCACCUACGAGUGCACGGUCAUGGUCGCCACUACCGGCGACGCCUUCUCGGCACGCGACAACGACGCCGACGCCAUGCUCGCCAUAAUCGACUUUCUCUGCACGCGCACCAUGCGCGGCGAGUCGUGGCGGGCAGCCUUCGAGCGUAAGCUCGCGAGGCGCGGUCUUCAGGUAGUGAAGACCCCGACCUCCCGCACAUUCAGAGGGGUCGGCGGCCGCGCGAGGAGCACCACGGCGGUUCGCUUUCCCGUGGGCAUCGGCGGGAAGUGCGGCGAGAUCUUGUCGUGUGAGGUGCCGGGCGACUGCCCGAUGCUGCUCAGCAGGGACAUGCUCACCAAGCUCGGGCUGAGCAUGCGGCUCUCCGCAGAGGGCGAUGUCGCCGACUUCGCCAACAUCGGCGUCUACAACCUGAAGCUCCACCACACCAAGGUGGGCCACCCGGCGGUCAACCUCCUUGACCUGCCGAACGAGAGCUACGAGACGGCCGAUUGGGCGGCGCUGACGGUGCCCGAGGACCACCACCUCGAGUACUUCCCCGAGCAAUUCCACGUCGGCAUCACCUCCAUCGAGGAGAGCUCUGCUGAGCCUCUCCCCAGCUUCCUGGACAUCGAGAUCGGCGAGACCACGGGCGACGAGUGCCUCCAGACGGUCGUCGACCACGACUACGGACCGGACGUCUUCGCCGCCGAGGCCAUCGAGUGGGGCGGCAAGCGCAACCUCACCAACAAGAAGUCCAAGAAGCUCGAGCACUCCCUGCAGGCCGUCGCCGUGCAGGACGAGGUGGUGCAGGCCGUCGUGGAGAAGCAUCCGUCGAGGGCCCGGCUGCCUGCCGGUGCCCGGACGUGGGUCAAGCAGACCUACGCCGGCCAGAUGGGCUUGACAGUGCUCAUGGCCGCGAUGGGCCUCUCGGUCGGCGUACCGCUGGACAAGCGCACGGGCUGGGGCGCUACCACCAGGCUGGGCAGGCAGAGGUACGACGCGGAGAUCACCAACGAGGAGCCGUACUGCCUCGUGGUCUCGCACCCCUGCUCGCCGUGGGGCAACUGGAGCAGAUUCAACAUGGCUCGUUGCCCGGAGUCCGAGAGGAAGAUCUUGGCCAAGCGCGAGGAGAACCGCCCUAUUCUCAGGCAGGUGGACUCCUCAGUGGACAGCCGAGUGCGGAGGGGCUUCCACGUGGCGCUGGAGCAUCCCCAGGGCUCCGAGGCUUUCGACCAGCCGGAGCUCAACCACAUCGUCGCCCGCAGCAUCGUACAGCAGGCCAUCGUCGACAACGCCACGGAGACCGACUGGCAGUUCCCAGCCGAGGACGGUCAGUACGUGUUCAACUACGCCAUCCAGCUGGACACCUUCCACGCCUACGACGCGGCCGGGUUCGCCUCCGAGGACGAGCUGCUCGCCAUGCACACCUACGUGAACCCGGACCUGCUGUCCCUCCGGUCGCUGAAGGGGGCCAGGCACUAUAUCGACAUCCGGGCCGACACGGCGGCAGCCUCGCCCGCCCCGAUGCCCAGGCAUCUCACGAAGUACCACGACAGGCAUCUCCAAUUAUUCAGGACCAUCUACCACAGCAGCGGGUCGAUCCUCCACAACCGGCACACGAAGUACCACAACAGGCAUCUCACGAAGUGCCACAACAGCAUUUAUUCCGAAGUUAAAGGUCAUUGGGUCGACCCUCGGGCAUCCCAGGCGGCACCUCCUGCGGAGGCUCGAGUUAAAGGUCAUUGGGUCGACCCUCGAGCAUCCCAGGAGGCUAUCGACAAGCCGGUGCCCCCAGACGACGAGAUGGGCGUGGGCCUGGAGCGCGGGGAGAAGCGCAGAGGCCUGCCGAUUACCCAGCUGGACAGAGCCAUGCGCGAUCCGGAGCGUCUGGAUCGGGGUUCUACCAAGAAGCCUCGCACCUUCCAGGGCUACGUGGAGGAGGAGUUCCGCGUCAUGGAGGACGCCCUCCACGAGGUGUUCUUCACCGGCGACUACAAGCCGGACCUGGCUGUCGCCUACGAGUGGCGUCGCACCGACUACGGCAUCAAGAAGUUCAUCGCCACGGACAUGCGCGGCCCUCGCUGGUCCAAGGUGCUUCGCCGCAUCACCAGGGACAUCAAGACGGGCAUCGUGAUCGAUGACAUCGACGUCAGAGGUCUUGCUCUUCGCGAUGCUCGCCUUCGCCGGCCUCUGCCUGGUGGCAUCACCGCGGUCGAGACCAUCUUCGUCCACGCCGACGAGGACGUGGGCACGAACGACGCCGUCGAGUUCGCCUACCUCACCAAGGGCGCGGUCCGCUCCGAGAUCAGACUUCAAGAUCUCGCCCCAGAGCAGAAGAAGGAGUUCGACCAGGCCAUGGCCAAGGAGUGGCGCAGCUGGACCGAGUUUCAGGCCGUCGAGGUGCUGAGCUCCAACCAGGCCAAGGAGCUCCUCGACAGGGGUGCCUCCCCGGUUGGGGCGCGCUGGGUUCACACGGACAAGAACGCCAAGAAGCGCAACCCCAAGCAGACCUACGACGACAUCCCGCUCGCUGCCAAGAGUCGGCUCGUCGUGCAGGGCUGCCAGGACGCGGGCAGGCAGUGGUGGCUGCGCCUGCGCGCCAUCCUCGUGGAGCAGGGUUGGCGCGAGCCCAUCUACGAGCCCUGCCUGUUCAUGCUCAGGGACAGCAUGGGCAAGCUCAUCGGCUUGCUGUGCGCGCACGUCGACGACCUCUUCGUCGCGGGCGCGGGCGAGCAGUUCGAGCGCGUGUUGGAUAUCAUUAAGGAUAAGAUCCACCUCUCCUUCCAGUCCGGCACGUUCAGGUACUGCGGCAAGACCUUCGACAUCAAGAUCGGCCAGGCCGCCACGGUCGAGGCGCUGGAGUACAUCUCCCUCGAGCCACACCGCCGGCGCAAGCCCAAUGCACCGCUCACCCCGGAGGAGAUCUCUGCCCUCCGUAGCGGUGUUGGGUCGCUUGGCUGGGUAGCGCGGCAGACGCGCCCUGAUCUGGCCGUCCACGCUUCGCUUGGGGCUCAGUCCAUGAGUGGUCCCAAGAUCCGCGACAUCGUCGCAGUGAACCGCGCCAUCAGGAUGGCCAAGGACGACGUCGACUUCAAGCUGGUGUUCUCGUCCAGCCUGGACUGGGACAGCGCGAUCGUGUUCGGCUGCGGUGACAGCAGCCACGGCAACGUCGACGACCUGACGCUGGGCGAGAAGGUCAAGUCGCAGUGCGGCUACGUCAUCGGCAUGGCGUCGCCCGACCUCGAGAUGGACACCGCCGCGAUCAUCCAUCCGCUGGAAUGGGCCAGUGCGACGAUCAAGCGAGUGGUUCGCGGGUCGCUCGCAGCUGAGUGCAACGGCUUCCUGACGACGGCCGAGAGCGCGGAGUUCCUCAAGCAUGUGAUCGCCGAGAUCUCCGACCCCGGCUACUCGUCCUACCAGUUCGACCCGUUCUUCGACGGCAAGCACCUGCUGCUGCUGACGGACGCGAACGGCCUCGUCACCUCCUUGGAGAAGGACGGUGGUCAGCCCGCUGAUAAGCGGGUGCGGAUUCUGAUGGCCCAGAUCCGCCAGCUGCUCGGCCAUGACGUGCUGAAGCAGGAGCGCGAGGGUGAUGACUGGAGGAUGCGUGUCAGGUGGAUCGACACGAAGUUGAUGAUCGCGGACGCCUUGCCGAAGGCCGAUGCUGAGAGGGGCUUCCUGCUCGAGCGGCUGACCGAGGGCCGCUGGUGCUUGGCCCAGACGGAGGAGAUGCUCGCUGCCAAGGCAGCGGCUGGUGAGGCGCGCCGUGCUCGCAAGGCCCGGCUAGGCGAUGCGGAGGGGUAG